UUUUAAUGGGAAAUUUGUUCGAAAAAUUGAAGAAUUUAUUCUCUACUUAAAAGUUGGAGGUUUGUAUGGUAGGUUUAGAGAAUGUAGGAAAAACAACAAUGUUGAAUUAACUAUCAAUGGGAGAUCCUUCAUUUACAGUACCUACUGUGGGUCUUAAUGUUAGGACUGUAAAAAAGGGAGGAGUGACUAUGAAAGUAGAAGUAUAUUUAAAAAUAGAUCUGGGAUAUUGGUGGCUAAGUACAAUAUAGACCGGAAUGGGGAAAUUAUGCACAAGGUUGUGAUGCACUUAUAUUCCUUGUUGAUACAAGCAAUGUAAAGAUGAAUAUUACAAUAGUAAGCAACUUUGGGUACAUCAAAGAAGGAAUUGCAUAAUUUAUUAGAUAAUAAAUCAUUGAGAAAUAUUCCAAUAUUAAUCAUAGGAAAUAAGAUUGAUGUGAAUCCUCAUCUAAAUGAAAAAUAAUUGAUAGAAGGUACUAAUCUAUUAAUGUAGGAUUGAAUUUGGAUUAUAUAACAUCAAAUGCCUGGGCUGUGGCAAUGUGUAGUGCAUUAACAGGAAAUAAUAUUACUUAGGUAGUAGAUUGGUUGAUUACUAAAUCCAAAAAAUAAUGAGACUAUUAUUAUAUAUAUUUCCAUAAAAUUUAGAUGGAC